AUGAAAACAUUAGACAAGAUGAUCGAUCACCUUACACUAGAAGAACCUGACAAUAUUAAUUCAGAACAGAUUAUGGUAGAGCAAUACAACUCAAUUGAGACGCGUGAUGAUACCGUGAUAGAGAAUAGUUGUGAAACCAUGGGAAACGGUAAAGAAUCGCGGGAAUCAAUUUUAAUGCCGAAAAAAAACAUAGACGAAAAAUCAAAUGUGGAAACUGUCGUUGAUGAAGCCGAGAGUCUGGGUUUGGAAAGCGUACAAUUAAUGAAUUCAGGAAAUGAUGAUAUGAUUGCUAAUGAACAUCACUUACGUGAUUCGUUGGCAUCGCAACGCGAUGAAAAUAAGGGGAACGUAAUCUUUGAAGAUGUUGGAAAUCAAGAUGAUGACUUUCUGAUGUUCCAAAAAAGUUUGGAAAUAAAAGAAAAUUAUCAAUCUGAUACUCACGAUACCAGUUGUGAACAAGCAAUUUAUUCACCGCAAAAUGUUGUGGAAAAGGAAAGAAACAUUGCCGAAACUGUAGAAAAUGCUGAAAAGGAUGAUGAGCAUGAUAUGAGAUUGGAAACCGAAAAAGAUCGUUCGAAUGAGUUGAGAUUGGUUGGAGAAAAAGAGGUUGAAGAUUUUAAUUACGAACUCUUAGGCAUCAUAGACGAUGAAUCCUGCGAUUCGUUAAUAGAGAUAAAGGUGUCGAAUAGAGUUUUGUGUGUUGAAGAAAAGGCGGUGAUCAAUACUAAAAACAAUAUUGAGAAUACUAGAAGGGAAGGGAACAAUUCGUUUUAUGAUUCCUUGGUUGACAAAAGGAAGUCGAUAAAUGACAUCCACGGAGAUAUUGUAAACGAUAAAAAAACAUCCAUCAAGUCUUUGCCUAACAGUAGUAGAUUGAUAAACGACACUCCCAGAGACAAGAGCGUUGUUGAAAGAACGUUUGGUGGAUCUUUGGUUGUCAAGAAAGACUCCGUGAGCGAUAUUCAUCACGACAUUGCGAAUGUAAAUAACUCGUCCAACAAUUCUUUGAUUGAAAAGAUAGAGUCAGUGAUUGAUACAUAUGGUGACGCGACGAGUGUUGAAAAAAGGGAUGAUUUGACUAAUGAGGCUCCUGUUGACAAGAGGCAGUCAAUGAUCGACAUCCACAAUGAUACCGUAAGUAUUGAAAACGGGAACAACGACUUGUUCAUCAAGUCUUUGGUCGACGAAAGAAAAUCUGUGAGCGUUAUUCAGAACGAAACAUCGACCAUUGAGAUAAAAACGAUAGAUCAUGUCGUCGACGACGUUGGACAGUUAAAUAUUGAAAACGACUCCGUUAAAGGGAAAUCUUUUGAAUUCGAGAAAAGUGAUACAAUGGUACUAGAUAGCUUUGGAAGUCGGGGCGAACUUAAUGACGUUACCGAAGAAUGCGAAGAAUAUGCAUCCUUUUGCGAAAAACUUGCAAAAAACCAAUUUGACGAAAGUACUUCUCUCAAGUACAGGACAACUAAUUCAGUUCAAAAUAAGUGCAGUCACGAAGUUUCUCGAAUCAUUGCGGACGACAUUUAUUAUGAGUCAACGAAAAACUAUUUCAAGAAUUCAAUCUCACAUCAAACGCCACGUGAACUUAACAUGGAAGAUUUAUUAGUGAAAGAGGGUAUAUCUGGCAACACCGCCGAUCACAAAGAUACAGAGAGCAGACAAUCAGAAAUAAUCAACAGUAAGGUGAACGAAGAUGACGCUAUUCUGAGGUUAGGGAAUUUGUCGAUUCAUUCCUCAGACAAUGAUAAACUAAACACGCCUAAACCAUCAACUUCGCCAACAUUCUUUUCUCCUCCGUACGUUGAACAAUCCCCCGAAUUCUCAAAGAUGGACACCGAACUAAAUUAUUUCCCUUUCAGUCAUAUGUUACCAACCGAACCAAUAAAACAAUAUGGUUCCAGGGACAUCACCGUGGAAGAGUAUUUACGAGACAUGACAGAAGAGCAGAACAAAAAACUGAUCAUGAAGACUUCUCAAAUGAUAGAGGAACUAUUGGAAGUAAAGAGAAAAGCCAAAAACGCAAUAAUGUCAAUACCUGUGAUAUAG